UGCAAAAAAAAAAAAAAAUGCGAGAACUAAAACAUUUCCAUCAUUACCAAAACCCUAAUUCCCAAUAAACCCUCUUGGCUCCUAUUUCUUUCUUAUCGAUCGGUGGAAUCAGAUGGCUUUCCUCUCCAGUGUAAGGCGCGUUCUUAAUGGAUCUUCUUCUUCAGCUGCUUCCUCCAUUCUUAAAUCGCAGUGGACUACCCUUCGUCUCAGUUCAACUCUCACCUCGCCGAAGCUCUUCAUCAGUGGUCUUUCAAGAUUAACCACAGAUGAGAAGCUCCAGGAAGCCUUUUCUUCCUUUGGUCAGCUCGUAGAAGCGAAAGUUAUAACCGAUAGGGCAACGGGAAGAUCAAAGGGAUUCGGUUUUGUAACGUACGCCACAAUAGAAGACGCUGAGAAAGCUAGAGAGGGAAUGAAUGCCAAGUUUCUGGAUGGAUGGGUUAUUUUUGUUGAUCCUGCCAAACCCAGAGAGCCUAGGCCUCCUCCACAGCCUCAAUCUGAGACCUCUGAAUUUGGUAUCAGAACAAACAAGACAAUUGGUUGGUGUGGUUGAUAAGAUUUCUUGCAAAAUCUAUGAAAUCUCAUAUCAUUUUUUAAAAUUUCCAAUUGCACAAGUUUGAUACUGAUGCAUAUCCAUCAGUCCAUGGAUGCUACAGAUAAGUUUUAUGAGACAACACCAUAAGGAACCCUCAAAUUAAAACUGCUAGAAAAAGGUUCUUGUUAUACUUACUAGGAAUGUAUGAAGGGGAAAUAAGUUUUUCACUUAUUUACUGACAUUACCUGUUUUAUGAAUAGUUUAUUUUGGUCUCUAAAUUUUGAUUUAAA